CAAGGCCCAACUCUGAGAGAGAGAGAGAGAAACAAGGAAAGUCCAGAUUGUGACAUAGAGCGAGAGAGUAUUAAUUUCAUCUUCUUAUUAUUGUGUGAUGUGGUUUGUCAUCCAUUUUUUUCCCCAUCGAAGCCAUAUUAGCAGUUGAGUGAACAUUCUACUGAAAGUAAUUAAAAGAGUGACCUACUGCUACUGGGUUGGACAUCGAGCUAGUGAUAUAGCAUCAGUAUGAAAGAAGUAGGAGAUUUUUCCUUCCAAGAAGAGAACCAACCGACAAUUGAGACAACCCCGAAUCCAACAACCAGGUACGUAGACAUAAUCUCUUCUUGGCUAGACCAAGAUGACACUUACAACCCUAGUAGUAGCUUCCCCCAAGAGUUACAAGAUCUUCAAAUGCUGGAUGACCCUUUAUUCCAAUUCAUAACCUCGGAUCUAGACUCCAAUCUUUUCUCCCUGCAACCACCAAGACCACACACCCAUGAAUCACUACUGGACUUCCCUAGCUUCGAUCCCGGCCGACCCAGCACUGAAAGCGUCCAAAUUAGUGUUGAUACGACGCUGAUCACCCACAACCAUCUGGAAGUAGAUGUCCGCGACGCAUUUGUAGAUGAUGGCAACUAUCUUAGCCUUCUAAUUGCACCAGAGGAGAGCCAAGAUAGCAUCGACGAUCAUGUCUUUCAGUCCAUAAUGGAUUCAACGACACCAACGGCUCUGGAUUCAGUGGAGGUUGACACUCCUCAACCGAUUAACACUAAUGCUGUUGAUCAUGCAACGGCGACGGAACCUCAACGUUACGUUGAAGAAGACGAUGAGGAAGCAACGGAUGAUGACCCAAAGCCAAGUGUGCCGAGUUGUAAGAAUUUGGUUUCGGAAAGGAACAGAAGGAAGAGACUGAGUCAGCAAUUGCUUGCUCUUCGUUCUCUUGUUCCCAAUAUUACUAAGAUGGACAAAAGAUCAGUGUUAGUGGACGCUCUGUCGUAUCUGAAGGGCAUUCAUGAAGAAACUGCACAGCUUCAAAAGGAGCUUAAACAACAACAACCACCCUCGUUAAUCAACUUGCCGGAGACAUGGCCGGAUAAUCCAAUCCCAAAUCCCCGUAACCGGCGGGGGUCAGCGUCCAACAUCACUUCGAGACCCAAAACCAAGAUUAUCGAGAUGGAGACAGAGAAAAUGGAGGAUCGAAGAUAUGUGGUGAAGAUAACAUGCAAGGGUAGCACUGGUGUGGGAGGAGAGAUCUUAAGAGUGGUGGAGUCUCUCGGUUUCGAGAUUACAUACACUGCGCUUGAGAGGAUCAAGCCACAACUUCUUCUGACGACAGUUUUCGUUAGGGUAAGAAAACCCAUGAAGAUGACGGAGAAAAAACUAAAAAACUACAUUGCAAGCACGGCUUUGAAAUUAGGUCUGACCAUGCAGAAACAUUGAUGGAGAGGUGAGGAAUAAAUUGGUGAUCCUGCAGGUGGUUAGAAGGAGUAAUCCUGAUUAAAGCAAUGCUAAUAGCAACUUUCAUGGGAUCACGUGAAGGACUCCCUUUCCAUCAUUGGUGAUCCUGCAGCUAGGUAGGAUGUUUGUAGUGAAUAACCUACUACUGUAGAUUGUAGGACUCCCUUUCCAUCAUUAGUUUAUAAUCUACAUGAAACAAACACAUGUUUCCGGAAUCUUUAUUAAGCUAUUAAUUUGUGCGUACAAGCACCUUUUCA